CGUCCUGGCUUCAGGCUCCCGCUCCGCCGGCAGCCGCACCUGCUCCGGCCAAGAUGAGCUUCAGCGGCGCGGACGCGCUGCUGGGCGCCUUCCCGCCGCUGCACGGAGGCGGCAGCCUGCACUACGCGCUGGCCCGCAAGGGCGGCGCGGGCGGAGUGCGUUCUGCAGCCGGCUCCUCCAGCGGCUUCCACUCGUGGGCACGGACGUCCGUGAGCUCCGUGUCGGCCUCGCCGAGCCGCUUCCGCGGCGCAGGAGCCGCUUCCAGCACCGACUCACUAGACACGCUGAGCAACGGACCGGAGGGCUACGUAGUGGCGGCGGCGGCGGCGCGCAGCGAGAAGGAGCAGCUGCAGGCGCUGAACGACCGCUUCGCGGGCUACAUCGACAAGGUGCGGCAGCUCGAGGCACAUAACCGCAGCCUGGAGGGCGAGGCGGCGGCGCUGCGGCAGCAGCAGGCGGGCCGCUCGGCCAUGGGUGAGCUGUACGAGCGCGAGGUGCGCGAGAUGCGCGGCGCAGUGCUGCGCUUGGGCGCGGCUCGCGGCCAGCUGCGCCUGGAGCAAGAGCACCUGCUGGAGGACAUCGCGCACGUGCGCCAGCGCCUAGACGACGAGGCCCGGCAGCGCGAGGAGGCUGAGGCGGCCGCCCGCGCCCUCGCGCGCUUUGCUCAGGAGGCCGAUGCGGCGCGCGUCGAGCUGCAGAAGAAAGCGCAAGCCCUGCAGGAAGAGUGCGGCUACCUGCGGCGUCACCACCAGGAGGAGGUGGGCGAGCUACUCGGCCAGAUCCAGGGCAGCGGCGCCGCGCAGGCGCAAGCGCAGGCUGAAGCGCGCGACGCCCUCAAGUGCGACGUGACGUCGGCACUGCGCGAGAUCCGCGCGCAGCUUGAAGGCCACACGGUGCAGAGCACGCUACAGUCCGAGGAGUGGUUCCGAGUGAGGCUGGACCGACUGUCAGAAGCAGCCAAGAUGAACACAGACGCCAUGCGCUCAGCACAGGAGGAGAUAACUGAGUACCGGCGCCAGCUGCAGGCCAGGACCACAGAGCUGGAGACGCUCAAAAGCACCAAGGACUCGCUGGAGAGGCAGCGCUCUGAGCUGGAGGACCGUCAUCAGGCUGACAUCGCAUCCUACCAGGAAGCCAUCCAGCAGCUGGAUGCUGAGCUGAGGAACACCAAGUGGGAGAUGGCAGCCCAGCUCCGAGAGUACCAGGACCUGCUCAAUGUCAAGAUGGCUCUGGAUAUCGAGAUUGCUGCUUACAGAAAACUCCUGGAGGGCGAAGAGUGUCGGAUUGGCUUUGGCCCAACUCCUUUCUCCCUUCCAGAAGUACUCCCCAAAAUCGCCCCCAUGACCACUCACAUAAAGGUCAAAAGCGAAGAGAAAAUCAAGGUGGUAGAAAAGUCAGAGAAGGAAACUGUGAUUCUGGAGGAACAGACAGAGGAGGUCCGAGUGACCGAAGAAGUGACUGAAGAAGAGGAGAAAGAGGUGAAAGAGGAGGAAGCUAAGGAGGAGGAAGGAAGAGAAGAAGCAAAGUCUCCCCCAGCAGAAGAGGCCAAGUCCCCUGCCAAGGCCAAGUCCCCAGAAAAGGCUGAGUCCCCAGUGGAAGUGAAGUCACCAGAGAAGGCUAAAUCUCCUGUGAAGGAAGAGGUCAAAUCCCCAGAGAAACCCAAGUCCCCAGUGAAGGAAGAGGCCAAAUCCCCAGAGAAGGCCAAAUCCCCAGUGGAGGCCAAGUCCCCAGAGAAGGCCAAGUCCCCAGUGAAGGAAGAGGCCAAAUCCCCAGAGAAGGCCAAAUCCCCAGUGGAGGCCAAAUCUCCAGAGAAGGCCAAGUCCCCAGUGAAGGAAGAGGCCAAAUCUCCAGAGAAGGCCAAGUCCCCAGAGAAGGAAGAGGUCAAGUCCCCAGAGAAGGCCAAGUCCCCAGAGAAGGAAGAGGUCAAGUCCCCAGAGAAGGCCAAGUCCCCUGUGAAGGAAGAGGCCAAAUCUCCAGAGAAGGCCAAGUCCCCCGUGAAGGAAGAGGCCAAAUCUCCAGAGAAGGCCAAAUCCCCAGAGAAGGCCAAGUCCCCUGUGAAGGAAGAGGCCAAAUCUCCAGAGAAGGCCAAGUCCCCAGAGAAGGCCAAGUCCCCUGUGAAGGAAGAGGCCAAAUCUCCAGAGAAGGCCAAGUCCCCUGUGAAGGAAGAGGCCAAAUCUCCAGAGAAGGCCAAGUCCCCAGAGAAGGCCAAGUCCCCUGUGAAGGAAGAGGCCAAAUCUCCAGAGAAGGCCAAGUCCCCAGAGAAGGCCAAGUCCCCUGUGAAGGAAGAGGCCAAAUCUCCAGAGAAGGCCAAGUCCCCCGUGAAGGAAGAGGCCAAAUCCCCAGAGAAAGCCAAAUCCCCAGUGGAGGUCAAGUCCCCAGAGAAGGCCAAGUCCCCUGUGAAGGAAGAGGCCAAAUCCCCAGAGAAGGCCAAGUCCCCUGUGAAGGAAGAGGCCAAAUCUCCAGAGAAGGCCAAGUCCCCAGAGAAGGCCAAGUCCCCCGUGAAGGAAGAGGCCAAAUCCCCAGAGAAGGCCAAGUCCCCUGUGAAGGAAGAGGCCAAGUCCCCAGAGAAGGCCAAGUCCCCUGAGAAGGCCAAGUCCCCCGUGAAGGAAGAGGCCAAGUCCCCAGAGAAGGCCAAGUCCCCUGUGAAGGAAGAGGCCAAAUCCCCAGAGAAGGCCAAGUCUCCUGUGAAGGAGGACGCCAAGGCUCCUGAGAAGGAGGUCCCCAAGAAGGAAGAGGCAAAGUCCCCUGUGAAGGAGGAAGAGAAACCGCAGGAGGUAAAAGCCAAAGAGCCCCCAAAGAAGGUGGAGGAGAAAGCUCCAGCCACACCAAAAACUGAGAAGGACAGCAAGAAAGAUGAGGUGCCCAAGAAAGAGGCUCCAAAGCCCGAGGUGCCGGAGAAGAAGGAGCCUGCUGUGGAGAAGCCCAAAGAACCCAAAGCUGAAACCAAGAAGGAAGAGGCUGAAGAUAAGAAAAAAGCAACAACUCCAGAGAAGGAGGCUCCUGCCAAGGGGAAGGAAGAGGCCAAACCCAAAGAGAAGGCUGAGGUGGCCAAGAAGGAACCAGAUGAUGCCAAGGCCAAAGAACCCAGCAAAGCAGCAGAGAAGGAGCCAGAAAAGCCAAAGAAGGAAGAGACGCCAGCAGCACCUGAGAAAAAAGACGCCAAGGAGGGGAAGGCCACAGAGGCCAAGAAGCCUGAGGAGCCCAGCAAGGAGGCCUCCACACCCAGCAAAGCCAAGACGGAAAAGGCCGAGAAGUCCUCUAGCACAGACCAGAAAGAUAGCAAGCCUCCAGAGAAGGCCACAGAAGAGAAGGCCACCAAGGGGGAGAAGUAAGGUAGGAAGAAAGGAACAUCCAGAGCAGCCAAAGAAACUCAGGAGGGUCUGGGAACUCGAGGAUCGGCAUAACCAAUUUUCACUUUUCCUCUCUUUUCUUUAAGAACAAACUCUGCUUAGACGAUGGGCCCUCCUUCACCAAACAGGAAUUUCUAUUAGCAAUAUGUUAGCAAGAGAGGGCACUCCAAACCCCUGGUCCCACACCCCAAACCCUCCAUAGGUGAUGGACACUUAUGUUAUGAUAGCUUAUGUAGCCGAAUGUGCUCUAUGCCGAAUGCCACACGUAAACACUUGACUAUAAAAACUGCCCCCUCCUCUCCAAAUAAGUGCAUUUAUUUCCUGUAUGUGCAAUUGACAGAUGACCGCAAUAAUGAAUGAGCAGUUAGAAACAUAUUAUGCUUGAGAUGUCUUAACCUAUUCCUGAAUGCCUUCUAUUUUCCAAAGGAGUGGUCAAACCCUUGCCUCAAGCUCUCUAUCCUGGAAGAGCUGGAGCAGGUGGGGCUGGGCACUGGCCACUGAACUAUGCCGGGGCACACUUUUCCACUGGAGUCCACUUUCAAUUGCUUCUGUGCAAUAAAACCAAGUGCUUAU